GCCACGUUUCAUUCCAAGUCCCUGGAGCCGAGUCAAGAAUUUGGUGUUUCCAAUCGUCAUACUUCCUCUAAACCGACUCAGAACUUUACAGAGAGAGGACUACAUAUUCGGGAAUACGUGAAGGGACUUGAUUCCCCUUAAUAGCUCCAAAAUGGACUCGAAAUUAUCACUGCUUAGUUUACUAGUUGUAUUGGUGCUUGUCACAUUGUGUUAUGCGCCUCCAGUCAAACGUGGAAAACCCGCUGAAAAAGCACCUGAACCAAACAAGGACGAUCCUGAAUAUGCUAGAUAUCUUAGGCAAGUAAUAGAGAUUUUAGAAAAGGACGAAGACUAUGUUCGUAAGCUUAUGAACGCUUCUGAUGAUGAUCUUCGAUCAGGCCGAAUCGCAGAGGACAUUGAUUUAGUCAAACAUGAUGUGCGUUCUAAACUCGAUGAGUUGAAACGACAAGAAGUAGAAAGACAACGUAUGAUUCGAAGGCAAAUGAACGAUCAUCUUAAUGGUAUCAAAGAACGAGAAUACUGGAAUCCUCUAUUCGACGAUGAAAAUCCAGAUUUCUUUGGCGCGGAUGAUUUCAAGAAACUUUUAUGGAAGCAUCAUGAAGAGAUGGACAAACAAGAUCGUGAGAGAAGAGAGGAAUUUAAAAAACAUGAAAUGCAAAAAGAACACGAAAGGAAAAUUAAAAUGAAAGACAUGGACGAGAAACAUAGGAAGGAAGCAGAAGAGCACUUCAGGGAGCUGCAAGAGAAGCAUCACAACCAAUCCAAGCAGCUACACCAUCCAGGGAGCAAAGCACAAUUGGAACAAGUCUGGGAAGAGUCUGAUGGUUUGGACGCCAAAGACUUUGAUCCAAAAACAUUCUUUAAGCUUCAUGAUGUUAAUGGGGAUGGCUUCUUGGAUACAGGAGAGCUAGAGGCAUUGUUUGUUAAAGAGGUGACCAAGCUGUACAACCCCAAAGAUGAAGACUAUGACCCCAAGGAAAGAGAUGAAGAAAUCUCCCGGAUGAGAGAACAUGUCAUGAAUGAGAUUGACAAGGAUAAAGAUGGCUUUGUGUCACAAGAUGAGUUCCUCCAAUCAAGCAAAGGAGAAGAGUUUGAUAAAGAUGAUGGCUGGAAGAGUGUGGAAGACGAGCGGCCGUACACAGACGAGGAACUAGCUGAGUUUGAGAAGAGUCUAGAGCAGGACCAACACCCUUCAGAACAGGAAACUGACCAUGAACAACCUGCACAACAUGAUCAGCAACAGCAGAACACGGGGCAGCAACAACAGCAUGAUAAACAACAACAACAUGAUCAACAACAACAUGAUCAACAACAGCAACAACACCAUGAUCAACAACAACAACAACAACAACAGCACCAUGAUCAACAACAACAACACCAUGAGCAGCAAAAGCCGCAAUAAGAACUGUUUUCCAUUUGCCAAGGUUUCCUACAUACUCUUAGCUGAGUUCUUUUACAAGUCUAUUUCCCCCAUUUCUUCACUAUUAUCCAUACAGUAGUUACAGUAUCCGAUAUACAGUAUUUUUUUUUAUUUUGGACUGAAUUCAAGCAACAUGAAAAACAGGACAUCGAUCGCACAUUGUAAAA